ACAGAGAGAGAAAGAGAGAGAGAGAGAGAGAGAGAGAUUAAGGUUAUUUGUAUGGGAAAAGUUGGUCGAUGAAAUAUGCAUAAAAUCAAACAGGUGAAUGAAGCUUUGCGAUGGAUCGAUCCAAUCAGCGGUUUUGAAGGUGCGAGGUUGGCCGUGGUGGAGCGUGAUAUUGGCGGUUGAAGAAGAGCAGCCAAUUAGAAAAGUUGGCCGAGUAUCGUCGGUCGGUACUCGGGUGUCGCGUGUGUUUGUGCUAGUGUAUAUAGGUGACGGUCGCGAAAUAUAGUAGCAGCCAUCUUAUAUUUUGUGUCGGAGAAAAACAAUUUGGCCGUAGAAAUGUUUCGCGAUUGUCCGUGAAGCCGCUCGAGAACGGGAGGCGUGCGCUCGAUGAGGCGUGACGUUUUUCGACCCUAGUCCGGACCACUACAUUAGCAAAGGUGGAUUGGUACGCAGGAUAUGAGCAGCUUGUCAAGCGCAACCUGACUCUGCUCCCCCAUCAAGAAGCAGCGCAGCAGCAGGAGCCGCAGUCGCAAGAGCUGGCUCAGCAGCAACAGACUGAUAUAAUGACGUCCAUGUUCGAACAACAAAUUAAAAGCGAACCCAUGGGGUUUUAUUCUGUUGCUUCCAGCCGGUCCGAUGGUUCCAACUCCAUGGUGAACUUGUCGGACGACCGUGAGGACCUUUCGCAGCAAGAAAGUCACCUGCAGGCUCAGCAACAGACUACGCUGCAAUUGAGUCAGCAACAGCAGGGCCAGCAACAGCAGCAGCAGCAGCAGCAGCAGCAGCAACAACAGCAGCAACAACAGCAAAGCCAGCAACAGAAUCAACAACAGCAAACGCAGCAGGGUCAACAACAUCAGCAGAGUCAGACCGUGCAGCAGCCCGAAGUUCCAAGCCGUCAGUCGACCGGGCAACAAACUGUGAAAGAAGGCUCGAGGUCGAAGCCACAGCCUUGCAAGGUAUGCGGCAAGGUGCUAUCCUCCGCUUCGUCGUACUAUGUACACAUGAAGCUUCAUUCGGGCAACAAACCAUAUCAUUGUACGGUGUGCGAAGCAAGUUUCUGCCGGAAGCCGUACUUGGAAGUGCACAUGAGGACGCACACAGGAGAACGACCCUUCCAAUGUGAGCUGUGCUUGAAAAGGUUUACUCAGAAGAGCAGUCUUAAUACUCAUAAGCGGGUACAUACGGGAGAGAGGCCGUAUGCCUGCGACAUUUGUCAGAAACGUUUCGCGGUGAAGAGCUACGUGACGGCACACCGUUGGAGUCACGUUGCCGAAAAGCCAUUGGUGUGCGACAGAUGUUCCCUCACGUUCACGUCAAAGAGUCAAUUCGCAAUACACAUUCGUACCCACACGGCAAGUACCACGUACGAGUGCAACAUAUGCGGACGUACGUUCGUACGCGACAGUUAUCUCAUACGACACCAAAACCGAGUACAUCGCGAUAUGAAUCAGAGCAGUACCAAUCACAAUCCAGCGACGCCGCAGAGCGCCGGUGACGGCACGCCGGGCACAGGCUUCGAGAGUCCAGUUUGCGAUUUACGGUACAGCGAGGGACCUUCCACGUUGGACGGCUUGGCAGGUUCGAAAGGAGGGAUCGCCGCUGAAAUCGCGAGUCUAGCCAAGCAAAAUAAUCUUCAACUUCCUCUGCCGUUGCUACAUCCGCAGACUACCAACUAGUGUUUAGACGAGAGCGUGUCCGAGUCUCUACCGCAGCAUCAACAGUCACCGCAGCAAGUAGUAUGUCCCACCUCGGCGUCCUCGCCGUUUGCACUUAAUUCACCCGUGUCUCACGAGCACGUCACGUCGCAGAGUGUCUACCAAACAACGGGCUCCUCCAGCUCGCUGGACAGCCUCAAUUCCCAACUCUACCCGCAAAUGUCAUCCCCCGUUGAUACGUCGGAGUCGCAUCAUCAGCCGCAUCAUCAGCCGCACCAUCAACCGAGUCAUCAAUCGAAUCACCAGCCGGAUCGUCAGCCGCAUCAGCAACCGCAUCAGCAGCAGCUGCAUCGCGGCAUCCCUCCGCCAGGGGUUCUGUAUCUCUACGCUCAGUACUCGACUACCAGCAACUCUCCCAUCUCGUACCCCGAAUAUAUUCAACGCAACAAUGAGUAAGUUUAUGCCAGUUUAUGCCAGCAGUUACGAUUUUUACCACGAACCGAGUGAGACGGACACCUCGAUCGCGUCUCGUUUAAUGGUGCUGGUUGAACAAAGUGCCUAAAGAGCAUCCGCUUUCUGGAUCACGACGGAUGCUUACUCGUAAUUGUCGAUUAACGACUUACCAUUUACCAUUUACCACUUACCACUUACCACUUACCACUUACCACUUACCACUUACCACUUACCACUUACCACUUACCAUUUACCACAUACCACUUACCACUUGUCAUUUACCAUUUACCAUUUACCAUUUACCAUUCGUCAUUCAUAAUUAACCAAACGAUUUUUACGCACCGAUCAAUUUGCAUUUCCAUCUUCCGACAAGAGAACCGAGUGGAUCAAUUGUGAAUUGCACGUGUCUCCCGCUUACGUACCUACUAUGGACUUCUCGGUCCAUUUAAUGGAUCAUCUCUACAGUCUACAUUACGUAUCGCAACGUGCGUUGAACAGCACCGUUCCAAGGGGCGUGCACCACACCAACGACGAUCGAUCCGUUUCCUCGAUCGAGUUUCGAUUUUCUUCGUUUUACCGAAUCUGUCGUGGUACAUCGAUGUUAGCAUAAACUAACGCGCGCCGACAUUUCUCGCGACUUUUUCCAACCGCUCUAUGUUUGAUUUACCUGUUUUCCAAUCACAUCUGCGAGUACAUAUACAUAUAUAUAUAUCUAUGUGUGUAUAUAUAUAUUGUGCGCGAACCAUUACACAUACACAUAUUUAUAUUAUAUUUUUAAAGGAGUUUAGUCACUUGGAUCUGUGAUAUAGAUAGUAAUUAUUAUCUACAACGUUUAAACUAUUGGUUUACUAUUUUGAUGAUAUCAAAAAGAGAAAAUGAAAAAAAAAAAAAAAAAAGAAAACAAAUGGAAAGCAAUGUCACGGAGCGACGUAGCUAUCAGAGUUUAAAAGGACAUUGGUCUCUACCGAAGAUGUUUGGUAGACACCCUACUAUAUUACUUUUACAAACAAACAAGUGAAGAAAAAAAAAAAAAAACAGGAACAUUACCGUUACUAACCGCUACUCUUACUACUAUUACUAGUAUUACUACUAUCACUUACAAUUAGUAGUUACUACUACUACUAUUGCUGCUACACUACUACUACUACUGCUACUACUAUUACUAAUGCUAUAGCACUAUUAGUACUAUUUCUAAUUUCUACUAAUACUAACAUUCUCCCACCACUAUCAUUAUUACCACCACCACCACCACCACCGACAUUUUCCCAACUAUAUAUCAGUCUCUCGCUAUUAUUACUAUUACUACUACCACUUACCACCACCACCACCACCAACACUAACAGUGCUACCAUGAUUAUUCUUAUUCUUACUUAUUUUUAUUCCUAUUCUUAUUAUUAUUAUUAUUAUUAUUAUUAGAGACACACAAUUGUCACUUCAUUUCAGCAACAUAUGUGCGUAGCACAUAUCUCGACAGAAUUUAUAGCCCCAGUCGUCAUAGUUUCUCUUUAGCUUUAAACCCUCGUUGUUUUAUCAGUCUAUUUCCCUUUCCUUUCCACUUUCACUUGUCUCUCCCCUCCCUCCCUCUUUGCCUAUCUCUCCCGUCUUCGUCUCGUUCUUUUCUAUCCGUGUUUCUUUCCUCUCUACGCCACUUCGUUUGUUUUUUUUCUUUUUUUGUGGUAUCGCUUUGGACUAAUUUUUUCCCGCGUGCCCCACCUUUCUGCUAGUGUCCAAACCGAGCGGCGAAACUUCUGUCUAGAGGGGGAAGGGGGUAGACGGUAGACGUACGCCGGUGUACACUUUUUUUUAUCACGUAGGACUACUGUGUGUACAGCUUAUACAUCAGUUCCAUAGGGUGUACUUACUUUUCACAUAUCGAAGUGUACUGUACACGCAAGAUACAUAUUGUACAUACGUAUACAUAUAUAUAUAUAUGGAUGUAUUAUAAAAACGACGAACGGAUGUGCAGAUCGUAAAUUCUAAGUAAUAGGAGUGUAAUAGCAGGGCUGUUGAUUUUUCUUUUUUGACUAUUGCUAGAUAUUAGUUUUUAGCGAUUACGAUUAUCAUUACUAUUGCUAUUACUACUAUUACUACUACUAUUAUUACUAUCACUAUUACUAUUACUACUAUUACUAUUACUACUACUACUACCACUUAUAAUAAUAACAAUAAUAAUAAUAAUAACAGUAACAACAACAACAAUAAUAACAAUAAUCAUCAUCGUCGUCAUCGUUAUUUUCAUUAUUGUUGUUGUUGUUAUUAUUAUUAUUAUUGUUAACGUUUCGAUUAUUACGAGCAUCAGUAAUUAUUAUUAUCGAUCAUUUUAACGUUACACGCCACAAAGCUUACAACAGCAAGCGGGGGAGCCAUGACAGCCGCGA